CAAACCCACAGGAGGGGGCCAUGGCGCCCGGACCGCUGCUCCUGCUGCUCUCGGGGGCCCUGGCGCUGCCCGCGACCUGGGCCGGCCCCCACAGCAUGAGAAUUUUCACCACCGCCGUGUCCCGGCCGGGCCGCGGGAAAGCCCGGUUCAUCGGCGUCACCUACGUGGACGACACGGAGAUCAUGCGGUUCGACAGCGACGCCCCGAACCCGAGGCUGGAGCCGCGGGUGCCGUGGCUGGAGCAGCCGUGGCUGGAGCAGGAGGUGCCGGACUAUUGGAAUCAGCGGACCGGACUUUGCCAACGCGAAGCACAGAUUAAGGAAGGGAACGUGAAUACGCUGCGCGCCCACUACAACCAGAGCGAGUUCGGGUCUCACACCUUCCAGGAAAUGCGGGGCUGCUUCGUGGGCUCCGACGGGCGCUUCCUCCGCGGAUACAGUCAGUUCGCCUACGACGGCGCCGACUACAUCGCCCUGAACGAGGACCUGCGCUCCUGGACCGCGGCCGACACGGCGGCCCAGGUCACCUGGCCCGACUUGGUGCAGGUCCCUGAUGCGGACGUCAGGAGGGCCUACCUGGAGGACACGUGCGUGCGCCGGCUCCACAAAUACUUGGAGAAGGGGAAGGAGACGCUGCUCCGAGCAGACCCUCCAAAGACACACGUGACCCGCCAUCCCAUCUCUGACCGUGAGGUGACCCUGAGGUGCUGGGCCCUGGGCUUCUACCCCGCGGACAUCACCCUGACCUGGCAGCGUGACGGGGAGGACCUGACCCAGGACAUGGAGGCUGUGGAGACCAGGCCUGCGGGGGACGGGACCUUCCAGACGUGGGCGGCCGUGGCCGUGCCCCCUGGACAGGAGCAGAGCUACACGUGCCGCGUGGAGCACGCGGGGCUGCCCGAGCCCCAGACCCUGCGAUGGGACCCCCCUCCUGGGACCACCGUCCCCUUCGUGGGCAUCGCUGCUGCCCUGGGUCUCCUUGUUGCUGCGGUCGCUGUGGCUGUGACGUGGAGGAGGAAGCGCUCAGGUGGGCAUGGGUGGGGCCGAGGUCCCUGUCCCCCUGGGGGUCAGGCCCAGGUGGCCGUGUGCUUUGCCUCGUGA